GCCGACCGGACUAAAGUUUGUAGAGUACAUACACAUACUGAGCUUGGUGUCGUUUAGUACCUUCAUCAAGGGUGUAUCUGUUGGUUGGUGCAAAUACGUAGAUCACUAAAAAAAUGAAACGAGGGAGAGAAGAUGAAGAGUUAUGCUUUAGAUAUACGAGUACUAAAAAGACUAAAAGUCAAUUAGACGUGAAAUCUUUCAUCGCUUUAUUUACUAUAGGCAAAGCAGCAAAAGCUGCUAAAAACAAAGUUCUAUCAAUAAAAAAGGAACCACAAGACACUACAGUAGGGGUCAAUCUCGGCGAAAAACAUGAUACGCCCAACUGUCACUUCUGUUCAACUGGAACAUAUUUUGCAACAUGCAGUCAAUGUUCGGAGUGUGUUUGUCGACAAUGCUGUAUACCAAUGUAUGAAAAGAAUGGAACCACAGCAGUGUGUUUGGAUUGUCAAACGAAUUAAACGUUUUAGAGCAUUUUAGAGCGACGCAAUCGCAUUCCCAAACGCUUUUUUGUUGGAGCAAGCGCUGGCUUUGUCGACAAACUAUUUAGUUCUGCCACAUGUGUGUCAACAGUCGCUGGUCGCUUCAGGUUUGGGACUGGCGAUUUGUAAGCAGUAGAUGUUUUACUUGAUGAAGCAUACGAAAGUGUCAUGGAUUGUCGACUUAUUGCUGAAUGACUGAUGGAUGUGACAUUAGGACGGGUUUGUUCGUUGAAAUGCGAACGUGAAGUAAUGGCCCGCAGCUUAUUCUGUUCAGUUAAGCUCUUUUUAUUUUCCUUUGGUACAGAUUUCAAACCACACCAUUGUGCCAUGUCAAACUGUGCAGGUUUAUCUGAUGACACAUUUUUUGUGUUUUCCUCGUCCAAAGACUUGCAUGUAACAAACCGUAAUAUGUCCUUGGAUCCUAUCACUUUUGCUGACCGGAAUCCAUUCUCCAGAGCCUGCGGCAUUAUGUUCUGAACGGGACCCGAGUUAGCACGCCCCAAGAUCGCGCCAAUUUCAAGUGCCAGAGUUUCGCUGAAGACAAUGUCAGCACUAGUCAAGGUUUUGUCCACAACUAUGUCACUUAAAAAGCGACUCCUCUUCAUAUGAGUAGUUUCGGAAGAAGAGACACUAAAAAAAUUUGACUGCAUUCCUCGGAAAGAAGACAUGUAGAGCAUGGCUUGCGCUCGAGUAAUUCCUACAUACAGCAAUCUCCGUUCUUCGUCUACAUCUGUUGACCGUGAGUGUGGUAGAAUGGUAUCGCAUAAACAGGGUAGGAAAACUACUGGCCAUUCCAGUCCUUUAGCUGCAUGUAGUGUCGAGAUUGUGACUUGAUGACGCGUUUCUUCAUUGUUAUCCGUACUUCCAACAAUUGCAGCAUUUGCCAAGAAGCGGUGUAAAGCAAGACGAUUUUCGGAAAUAUCAUCUUCAUCGUCAAACAGCACACCCUGUUCACCAAGAACAUCACUUUGACGAAUCAAUUCCAUGACAUUUUCCCAUUUUUCUUCAUAGGUAGAAGGAUGCUUUUUCUUCAAGUACUCAUAGUACUUGACUUUGCGCAGAAGAAUUUCUAACAUAGAGCUGAUGGAAAAUGGAGCUGACGAAUCACAAGACGCUUCAGUGGUAUUGAUGACAUGCAUAAAUUUACCCAAUUCGCGUUGAAACUGUUUGUCAACGCGUUGCGACAAAGAAAAGCUGCCGUUAUUCAGCAGGCAAAGCGUGUUCCACAUUGAAGUGUGUCGUCUUUCAGUCUCCUGGAGAAUUCUUUCUACUUUUACUUUUCCAAUAUUACGAGAAGGAACGUUAAUGAUACGCAUCAAUGCUUGUUCAUCGCGGAAUGCCACAACACGAGCAUACGCAACAACAUCACGAACUUCCUCCCUGUCGAAAAACUUGUGCACACCUACCAUUUUGUAAGCAAUUCCUUGCUCCGCAAGCGCGUGUUCUAUUGCACGAGUCAAGCUGGAAGAACGGACGAGGAUAGCAAUAUCACUGUAAGAGAAUAAUCCCGGACAUGAUUUCACCAUGCGUUUAAUUUCACUGUAAGGUUAGUCUCGCAGUAAUCGACUGUAGAUUUUCCCUCUAUAUCAUACCAUGCGACCCAGGCGGAUUCUUGAUCAUUUGAGUCAAAUUCUUUAAAGUAAGGUUUGAUGGAAAGACGGUGACUAGUGCGAAGAGUCUUCUGUGGACGUGCUUUGUCUUGAUUAAUGAUAGCCAUUGCAGUCUCCAGGAUUGAAUCAGCAGAACGAUAAUUAGUUUCAAGGUGAAAGACUCGAGUAUCAGGGAAGUCAGUGGUCAUCAUUACUAGGUUUCCCAGUUCAGCACUUCGAAAACCAUAAAUAGACUGGUCAGGAUCACCAACAAUUGUGAUACCGGAGGUAUCCCUCGCAAGCAGCUUUAUUAGUAGAUAUUGAAUUUUACUGGUGUCUUGAAACUCAUCCACAAGUAUGUGUUUAAUAUUAUCAAUACAGUACGUGUGGUCAUGAACGAGUUGGAUAAAAAGAAUGAGCAAGUCGUCGAAGUCCUAAAUUGUUAGACAUAUUUUCAGGCGAUAGUUUGCGUUCACUUGUCCGAAGAACAUACCACGUAGCCAUUCUUCCGAAGUACUGCUUGAUAAAGUUUGUACAAUUCAGUGGAUUGGAAGCUUUGAUUGGUAUUGACAGUAAGGCCAGGAAGACAAGACAAUUGUUCACAGUGAGGUUUAGCGAUUAAACCACUCGAUUUCAUCCGGGACACUCGAGAAAGAGCAACAUUUGGGGUAAGUUCUUGUCCUCUUAUUCCAUCAGCGGUAGGAUUCUUUGCUUUCCUUAGUCGUUCAAGCAACUGCUUCAUAAUGUUUGUACUACACAAAAUUGAUGUUAAUAAAUU